AGCAACCCAGGUUGUCUGUUACGAUCAGCAUCAAUCAGAGUAAGAAAGCAAGUUCACAAUUUGGGCCUCCUUCAAUUACCCAUUUGCCCCUCCUUCUCCACUAACUCGACCUUUUCUAUUUUAUAAAGCACAUUCUCAUAAGGGUCCUCAACUCAACACAACAACACAACUCACUUCAAUGGCGUCCAUGGCCACUUUUUUCACCCAAACCUCCUUUCCCUCCCAUUCUCUCUCCAAAACCUUCGAAACCCAUUUCGCCACUGCCCCGAAAGUCAACGCCUGUGUGAGUUUCAGGGCGAGGAGGCAAGUGGGGGUGCGUGUUUCGUGCGGGUUGAUCGAACCUGACGGAGGGAAGCUGGUUGAGCUCGUGGUGAAGGAUUCGGAUAGAGAUUUGAAGAAGGGUGAGGCGCUGUCGUUGCCGAGGAUCAAGCUUUCGCGAAUCGACUUGCAGUGGGUUCACGUCCUCAGUGAAGGAUGGGCCACACCCCUCAAAGGCUUCAUGAAAGAAGCCGAGUUCCUCCAAACGCUUCAUUUCAAUUCGCUCCGACUCGACGAUGGCUCCCUCGUCAACAUGUCGGUGCCUAUCGUCCUCGCCAUCGAUGAUGAGCAGAAGCAUCGGAUCGGGGACAACAAAAGGGUAGCUCUUUUCGAUUCCAAAGGAGACCCUGUUGCCAUUCUCAAUGAUAUUGAGAUUUAUAAGCACCCUAAAGAAGAAAGAAUAGCCCGAACUUGGGGAACCACUGCCCCUGGCCUACCUUAUGUUGAACAAACAAUAAGCAAUGCUGGAAAUUGGUUGAUUGGGGGUGACCUAGAGGUCAUCGAACCCAUCAAGUACAAUGAUGGACUUGAUCAUUUUCGGCUGUCCCCUGCAGAACUUCGUUCAGAGUUCACAAGGCGCAAUGCUGAUGCUGUAUUUGCCUUCCAGCUCCGGAAUCCUGUUCACAAUGGCCAUGCUUUGCUGAUGACCGACACUCGAAGACGGCUUCUUGAGAUGGGCUAUAAGAACCCUGUCCUCUUGCUUCAUCCACUGGGAGGCUAUACCAAAGCUGAUGAUGUCCCCCUUGAUUGGAGAAUGAAACAACAUGAAAAGGUACUGGAGGAUGGUGUUCUUGAUCCAGAGACAACUGUUGUAUCGAUAUUCCCUUCUCCGAUGCACUAUGCUGGACCCACAGAGGUGCAGUGGCAUGCAAAGGCUAGGAUAAAUGCAGGGGCUAACUUCUACAUUGUUGGUCGUGACCCUGCAGGCAUGAGCCAUCCAGUUGAGAAAAGAGAUCUGUAUGAUGCUGACCAUGGGAAGAAAGUAUUGAGCAUGGCACCAGGACUAGAACGACUGAACAUUCUUCCUUUCAGGGUUGCUGCAUAUGACAAGACUCAGGGUAAAAUGGCAUUCUUUGACCCUUCAAGGCCUCAGGACUUUCUGUUCAUCUCAGGCACAAAGAUGCGUACACUCGCAAGGAAUAAAGAAAGUCCUCCUGAUGGAUUUAUGUGCCCUGGUGGAUGGAAGGUGCUGGUUGAAUAUUAUGAUAGCUUGGUACCCUCAAGCAAUGGCAAAGUGCCGGAAGCUGUUCCAGCUUAAUGUUGUAUCAUAAUGUAUAUCUCAUGAUUGGGAGAAACCUUAAGCUUACUUAUUCUCCUGCUAAAGGCCACAUUCCUCAAGGAUCCUCUGGUCCAAUCUCUAAUAAUAAUAAUGAAAAGUUUGGAGAGGCAGCACAGACAAAUUGCCUCUCUCUGUAUGUAUGGCAUUUACUGACCUUUUGCACUUGCAGUGCAAUGGAGCAUGCCAACUUUGUAAUAUAAUCUGGUUGUGCUGAUGAUGUGGUUUCAUAGUUUUCGUUUACUACACUA